AUGUACGCCACUAAAAGGAGACGUCGGAACGUUAGACCACACAGCAAACCCCCAACAAAGGACCCACCACAGAAGAGCAACCCGAGCAAGCGACACCGCGAGAGGUUGAACUCGGAGUUGGAGAUGUUAGCCAGUCUGCUCCCCUUCGAACAGACCAUCAUCACCAAACUCGACAAACUCUCCAUCCUCAGACUGGCUGUCAGCUAUCUUAGGACCAAGAGCUUUUUUCAUUGUACGUUCAUGUGUGUGCGCACGUACAACCACCUCCACCGUCGUCUCCACCACCGCAUCGUACACGGCAGACACAUGUACACCGAAGUCAAUUGCACUGACUCGGAGAGUGUUCUACAGGCCUUGAGCGGUUUCUUGUUUGUGGUGACCUGCGAGGGUGAGGUCUUCUUCGCCUCCCACACUGUCGAACAGUAUCUCGGCUUUCAUCAGUCCGACAUCAUUCACCAAAGCGCCCUGGAACUCAUCCACUCCGAAGACAGGGACCACUUCAAGUUUCAGCUCAGUUGGAGGCAGACCAUGAACGGGGAGAACCACGAUGUUCCGCUCGAACAAGCCGUUCUGCCUGAAAACAUCCAACUACUGCAAAGAUGUUUUCGAGUCAGGUUCAGAUGUCUGCUCCAUAAUGCUUCUGGUUUCAUUACCUUAGAGAUAACCGGCAAAAUCCGCCCCCUACUUGGACAGAACAACAAGAACACCUCCCUGGAUGGCCAGUUGGCCCUUUUUGCCCUCUGCUGCCCCUUUGGGCCCCUGCCCCUUUCAGACAUGCCCCCGAGAGAUUACACGUUUAAAAGCAAGCACAAGAUGGACAUGUCUCCCAUCACCAUGGAUCCAAGAGGCAGACUGGUGUUCGAGUUUUCGGACGAGGAGUUAUCGCAAAUGGGCGGGUACGACCUCGUGCACCCGGAUGACCUCAACUACCACGCUGCUGCCCACCUGGAAUUGAUCAAGACGGGAAGUUCGGGACUGAUAGCCUACCGCCUGAUGACGAAAGAGAUAAAGUGGGUGUGGCUACAGACGAGUUCAAAGGUCAUAUACAAAAACAGCAAGCCCGACUUUAUCCUCUGCAUACACAGACACCUCACUGAAGACGAAGGCAUGGACCUGGUGAAGAAGCGUGGCUGCGAGUUCAAACUGCCCUAU